AUGUAUCCAAAUGGAUCUGUUUUUCCUUUAGUGUUGACGUUGCAGUCUUUGGAGCUGCCUCAGAUGAGCAUUUAUCCUGCAUUCAUAUUUGGAUUAACAACAUACUUGUUUAUCUUGUUCUGCAAUUUAACAAUUGUCAUCACCAUUUGUUUAAACAGAAGUCUCCAUAAACCGAUGUACAUACUGCUGCUCAACAUGCCCAUCAAUGACACAAUGGCUGCCACAAACUUUUUUUCCCAGCUGCUGUACAGCAUCUGGUCUCAGGACACUUCGAUAUCCUAUCCUGCCUGUUUGCUUCAAGGAUUUAUUGUACACUUAUAUGGUGGUGCGUCUUAUGUUAUUCUUACCGCUAUGGCCUAUGACAGAUAUAUCGCAAUCUGCUGCCCACUAAGAUAUGGAGCUAUUAUGAACAGCAAUAACUUGAUAAAAAUCAUAACUGGGAUGUGGGUUUUUAAUUUCACUGUCAUAACUGUACUUUUCUCUCUUCUUCUGCCUUACAAGAUUUGCAGGACUCACAUGACAGAUCUUUUCUGCUAUAAUCCAUCAAUAAUGAAACUCAUGUGUGAAGACACGACAGUAAACAAUAUCAUUGGAUUGAUCAGUCUAGUUUUGUACCACUGCAUUGCUCUCUCUGUUGUGGCUUUCACAUAUAUUCAUAUUUUAAUCACUUGUGUCACUAAUAAGCAGUCAGACGCAAAGAUGAAGGCUCUUCAGACAUGUGGGACUCAUUUGGUCGUCUUUUUGUUCUUGGAGUUUAACACUCUUUUUCCACUCGUUGCACAUCGCUCUGAAAGUGUUCCAGCUUAUCUUCGUAGAGUGUUUUCUAUAACAGUUUUUGUCUUUCCUCCUAUUAUAAAUCCUCUUGUUUAUGGGUUUAAAACUAAAGAGAUCAGGCAGAAAAUGCUGACCUGUUUCAAGAGGAAGAUGACCAGCCUCUGA